UGGAUCGAGCUAAGCAUAGCAAUAUAUGAGAUCUAAUCACCAGAACAGAACCUGACGGCGUGAGAUAGGCUCACACUGCCGACAGAUCCUGGCAUUUCACGGCCACCCUCCCGCGCCAUGAAACUAUACCAUUCACUCCGGCGACAGAAGCUGGACUUUCAAUGACGACCGUAAUACAAUGAUGGCUUCAGCAACGGCCAUGGAAUUGUGCAAAUCAGUCAAGUUUCGCCAGGCAUGUGACAAAUGCCAGAAUAAUAAAGUCCGCUGCAGCCGGGACAAUCCAAUCUGCAAGCGUUGCGCACGGCGGCAAUUUACGUGCAUCUACAGCCCGCUGCGACGCAUCGGGAGACCACGGAAUUUUCAGCGCAUGGAGAAGCACGACGAUGCAACUUCUCGCGUCUAUGAAAUGAGCGUCGAUGAAGGAGAUGGCAGUCCAGCCUCCGUAGCGGCGACAGCUCUAUAUGGACAUGCUAGUCAGCUGAGAGGGGAUGUCCUUUUACCAACAAAUAGGUGCGAAGCGGCUCCUACUUUCCCUCUUUCGCUUGUGGGAAAGGAUUUGUUGUUCCAUUCUGUGGAAAAUGCCUGGAUACCAGAUCGUCAUGCUUCACCUAUGUCAUCUAAUAUAGCUCAUAUUAAGGCAGAUAUACGAGGGGACAGUGUUUCCGCCCCAGCGAUAUCUGUGAGCACUGCCGUUCACGCUCUGUCAGAUUGGUACACAGAAGUUCUGGCGCGGACCACGAAGCUCGAGCAGGCGCUUGCACAGACUACAUCCUCGCCUACCAUUGAUUUUGUGCUUGAGGCUGAGCGCGACUUUAACCAUCUUCACUGCUGGCUCUUCGCAUGCGCCGGCCACCAAGCCUGCCUUUCUCUAGAAAAUCCCCCUUUACCAACAGAGUCUGAACCUCAAAGCACCAUCAUAACGAGGUCAUGCCCAGCGACGGACCGGCCGGUCUUUCUUAGCCUCGCCCUAUUUGCGGAGCGUGUCGUCACCCUUCUCGAAGAAAUGUUCCGUCAGGUUACCAAAUCGACACAGAGCAUGGAUCAAGCGACCGACUUCAUCUGGUCCAAGACUUCGGAGACGUCGGACCCUUCGGCGCGCCGCGUGCAGCGGUCUCUCUAUAGCGCCACGAAAAAACCGUGCGUAUCUGUAGGAAUGGACUCGUACUGCGAACUAUACCUAGGAGACUGCGCAGUGGAAGCUCAGGCCAAGGCUGAUGCGCUGGGGCAAAUCCUUAAGCUGCGCGUGAAGAGGAUGCUAAGAGCUUUGGAAGCUCUGCAUGCCGCCAAGCAAACGAAUCCAUGGGCAGGGCAGAGAAGAGGACAGACGUCGGGAGACCCAUUUGACUGGGGAGGGAGCACUUCAGUACUGCAUGCAGUAGCGGGCACUUUGCUAGACGAUCUAAUUAGAAGAAUGGAGUCUCUACAGGCUGCAAUGGUGUUUUUAUGACAAGUCAAGGUGGAAUCCAACUUGUUCUUGCCUUCAGCACAUAUAUCAAAUCGUA